AUGAAUCGAGUUUACCGACCUUAUAACCGACCACAGACAAGAAACCUAUCCAAAAAAUUCUACGAUCAAGGCCUCUCUACGCAAGAAUGUCAUCAAAAGUUGCUCGAGUUGCAAGGCCAAGCACGUGCACCAUCCUACGCCUCCGUAUCUCGAUGGUUUCGUAUGUUUCGUGCUGAACGUUCUGCAGAUUUAGAGCGAGGCAAAUUUGUUAAACCGCCGGAUGUGGGACGAGUUAUUCAUCAACUUCUCGAGGGCAAGAAGAGUGUAUCCGAGUUGUCGAACGAGCACGGUGUUCAUCCAACGACGAUUGGUCGAUGGAAGAAGAACUAUUUGAGGGCGCGACCAUCUGCUUACCUUCUCGACAAUGUGAGCGACGGUGAGCAAAUAGAAGGCGAAGAGUAUUGUAUUCGGACUGAGCUGCGCGAGAAUUGGCGUGAAACCUCGGAAGAUCUGGAUGAGAACUCGACCGAGCCUAAACUCCGAGAUUUGUUCGAAAAGGAACCAACAGUACCACUAAAGCGGCCCGGAAAUUACUUGGUGAGGGCUUCUGAAGCUAUAAAGAAUCGACCGAUCUUACCGAAAAGCUUGACUGGCGCGCUACGCACUAAAAAUUGGCUUCGACCCGAGAAUCGCCGCACCAUCGUGGUGGUAGCCAAAAAACCUCCAACUUCACUACCUCAUUAUGGCCAUGAUGCUCCGACAGAACGAGAAUUUCUUGACGAAUCAUCGACGAGUCUGGCAUAUGAAAGGCCGAGCUCCAGUGGUACCAGUAGGACUAGUUUCGAGCCACACAACCGGAUGUUUCGGAUCGUCAAGAAGAAGCAUGACAGCUCGAAAACAAUGUUUGAUGCCAUGGACGAUGUAGAUACGAUAGCCAGCAGUAAUGAAGUUUUGAAGAAGCUCGUGAAGGCAGACUCACCUGACGAUCAUGUGAUUGUGACUGAAGUUGUUAAUGAAAAGGAACUAGAUCUCUCCCAGAUUUUUCAAUAA